AUGGUGACCAGCAUCGCCGAACAUCCCGAGAAACUAAGUGAUCAAGAACCUCUGUCGAAUCUAUUGGUGGGACCCGGCCAUACUAUCUCCGACGCAACCCAUCAAAAGUACUUUCUGGGGCCUCUAAAGCCAUGGACCUCCUUUGAUGCGGAUGUACGAGCUCGCAGUGACACGACACACUGGAGUAGUCAUGUUCUGUUAUUUAGACACCGGUAUCAAACCCCGGCCGCCAGCCUGAAGAUCGAACACGUACGGUGCGGUGAUGAAACGGGGGUUCAGGGCCGAUUUGUGGCCAACGUGGGCCAGGUACUAUCUGCCGCUUGUGCUGCUUCUAAUACUGACCUGCGAUUUGGGGACUUUAAAGCCACAGCCCUCUCACUCUCACGAGCUAUCACUAACAUAGAGUGUUAG